AAAAAAACUCCAUUAAUGGUAAGUGAUUUUUCUCUGUGCACAUUUUUUCUUCAUGAUUGCGACAUAACUGAUUCAUAAAUAUUCGAUUCGUCUUUAAAAUCCGAAGAAGAAGAAGAAAAAAUUGAGAUCGGGAAAAAAUGGCGAGAUUCGUACCGGUGAAGUUUAAGAGAGUAAAUGCGCCGUUUGAUGAGGUUGCGAAAGCGCGGAUCUACGAGAGCAGCGGCAGUGAACACUCACCAGCGGCAGCGACGGAGAGCUUGAUGGAUUUAUCGGGACUCGUGAAUUCGUUUUUAGAAGGAGAGGUAACUGUUAAUGAGAAAUUAGAAGAGAUUGAAGAAAAUGUUGAUACUAAUUGCUUUGAUGAAUCGGAGAUUAAGGUGAAUUUGAGGAAUUUGUUUAAUUCCGAUGAGAAUUCGGGCGAUGAUUUGAAGAAAAGUAUUAUUGAAGCUGUGGAAAAUGCUUUGCUUGCUGAAGAAGCAAAUGACCGGAGCUCGCCGGAGUUUAAACGACGGUUGAUGACUCGAUUGCGUGAUCGAGGCUUCGAUGCUGGAUUGUGCAAAUCGAAAUGGGAGAAAGCUGGUAAUCGUACGUCAGGAAGUUACGAGUAUAUCGACAUUAACGUGGGUGUUACUCGCUACAUAAUCGAGGUUUCAUUAGCCGGAGAAUUUGAAAUAGCUCGCGCAACGCCUUGCUACGCCUCGUUGCUCGAAAAUUUCCCUCAAGUUUUUGUUGGAAAAGUGGAAGAAUUAAAGCAAGUGGUGAAAAUUAUGAGUAGAGCCAUGAAGAAAUCUAUGAAGAAAAUGGAUAUUUAUGUGCCACCAUGGAGAAAACUUGCUUAUAUGGAAGCUAAAUGGUUUGGAUCUUAUUAUAAGAGAACAACUAAUGAACAAAACAAUUAUCAAAAGAGUAGUUUUGAUUCUUCUUCUUUUUCAAAGAAGAGAAAUGUUGGAUUUGUGCCAAUGCAAGCAAUUUCUUUCUAUUGUAGAGAGAAUAGUAUUGCUUCUAAUAGUGGCAUUAAAAUUGGAAAUUUGGCUGCAACUUUGAAUGGAUAAUAUCAUGAAGAUCGUGGUGGAUUGUUACUCAUAGAUAUCGAGUUUGAGCCUUAGAUAUGGAUUCGCCUUUGCUAGAAAACGAUAAAUUUAGUGUGAUCUCAAUAUAGAUGUUUUAGUGUGAUCCCAAUGCGGAUGUCAGAUGCUUGGUAGGAAAUCGAAAAAAAAUAAAUAGAUAACAUUGUGAAGAAUAUAUUGUGGGAAAUUAGAUAUAUUGUUUAUUGGAGGAAAAAAUAUUAUAUAUCUCCAAGUAGUUGAGGUUGAGGGUUUUAAUUCUAUUAAGUACUUAUAUAGUAGAUUGCAUAGCAAUUUUUAUGUAGUUAUUAUGUAUUUAUCAAGUAAUGGAGAAUAUUUAGAAAAAUAUGUAUGUUACUAUU